UCCGCAUAGGUGUUUCUCUGUGAGUGGAAGUAAAGUUUCACAAUGAAUUUGUAACGACUCCACCUGAAAUUCAAUUCCUCUGUCUAUGAUCUGCUACUGCUGUAUGUAGUCUUAGACAUUUCGUUGUAUGGUCUCCUUGUCUGAGAUCCAAAAGCUGGAACACAACUUGCCUCGAGCAGUGACACAUCCCCGCAACAGCGUCUUACCAAGGGGAGUGGAGAAUGGAUCUUUGCCUGUGUGAAUUGAUUAAAUGUUUAGGCGUCCUGGCGGUUGUCGCUUUAUUCUUGGUCGUCCUUAUCGCUCAUCUCAGUGCCAGUAUGAUAGAUCUGAAGCGUCACGAGAGGGAGAAAUAUUUCCUUACCUCCGACAGCAGGACAGAGCCGUUUCCUAGUCUAUUCGAUCCCCAUUCACUGGAGCUCUCCGUGGUUGUCCCCUCCUACAAUGAGGAACUCCGAUUGCCUGUCAUGAUGGACGAAACCAUGGAGUACUUGGAGAAGAGACAGAAGAAACACCAGUCAUUCACCUAUGAGGUCAUUGUUGUUGAUGAUGGCAGCAAAGACAAAACAACAGAGGUUGCCUUAGGGUACAUGCGGAAGUACGGAGCAGACAAAGUCAGGGUCUUAACACUAGUGAAGAACCGUGGCAAAGGUGGAGCAGUGAGGAUGGGUACCAUGAGCUCUCGCGGUAAGCUCAUCCUCAUGGCGGAUGCUGACGGAGCCACAAAGUUCGCUGACAUUGAGAAGGUGGAGGCUGCCCUUCAGAGCAUUAACCCGAAGCCGGAUAACAUGGCAAUUUCCUGUGGAUCCAGGGCUCAUCUGGAGCAAGACUCCGUGGCUCAGCGCUCUGUGUUCCGCACAUUCCUCAUGUAUGGAUUCCACUUCCUUGUGUGGUUCUUCUGCGUGAAAGGGAUUAAAGACACGCAGUGCGGUUUCAAACUCUUCACUCGAGAAGCUGCCUUGAAAACCUUCUCAAGUCUGCACGUGGAACGCUGGGCUUUUGAUGUUGAGCUCUUGUACAUUGCCCAGCGCUUUAAAAUCCCUAUAGCCGAAGUGGCGGUGAACUGGACAGAGAUAGAAGGAUCAAAGUUAGUUCCCUUCUGGAGUUGGCUGCAGAUGGGCAGGGAUCUUGUCUUCAUAAGACUGCGUUACAUCACCGGUGCCUGGAAACUGGAGUCUCCAAGAAAAACCCAAUAGCUACUUCCGUUAGCCUGUGGAUACUGACAGGCGAAAACGGAUCAUGUUCCCACCCAGUCAACGAUGUUACUUUGUGUCAAACGUUAUCGGUCUAAUGUAUGGACUUGUAAAUGAAUCAUACAUGUUUUUUAUAUUAUGAUUUUGUCCAGGCAGAAUGUAAGUGCUGUUUAUCACGUGACUUUUUGACGAGUGAGUGUCGAUUUUGAACGGAAAAGGCUGAUUUCAACCUAAUUAAAAAAAAAAAUUGUA